CUUCGACUGAUCUCGGUGACCGAGAGACCUUCGAUUGCUUGGGGGCAUCGGGGAUUGUGCACGCCGUCGUUCGUUCGUACCGCCGGUUUCGCUCGUAAUUCUUUUUGUUUAACCGCUGCGAGCACGUACGUACGCACUUACGCACGCACGCACGCACGCACGCUACGUAAAGCACGUAUUUACGCAAUCGCGAGUACGCCGUCCAUUCGCGUCGGAAAUCAGAGUAGGUAGUAAUUAUGUCUCAUGGCGGCAGAAACGAGUGCAGAAUAUACGUGGGCAAUUUGCCACCGGAUAUCCGUACGAAGGACAUCCAAGAUCUCUUCUACAAGUUCGGUAAAGUUACUUUCGUCGACCUGAAAAACCGCCGGGGCCCGCCCUUCGCAUUCGUCGAAUUUGAUGAUCCAAGAGAUGCGGAAGACGCGGUACACGCGAGGGACGGUUACGAUUACGAUGGCUACAGAUUGAGGGUCGAGUUUCCGCGCGGCGGUGGCCCCAGCAACAAUUUCCGCGGCGGACGUGGUGCCGGGGACAGCAGCCGAGGCGGCCGCGGCGAGAUGAGCAAUUCCCGCGGCCGCGGUCCUCCCGCGCGACGAUCGCAGUACAGAGUCCUGGUCAGCGGACUGCCACCCUCGGGUAGUUGGCAGGACCUCAAGGAUCAUAUGCGCGAAGCCGGCGACGUGUGCUUUGCAGACGUCUACAAGGACGGCACCGGCGUCGUCGAAUUUCUGAGACACGACGACAUGAAGUACGCUGUAAAAAAGCUGGACGACUCGAGAUUCAGAUCGCACGAGGGUGAAGUAGCUUACAUCCGUGUGAAGGAAGACCAUAGCGGUGGUGACAGGGGACGCAGCGAAGAUAGGGAGAGGGGUCGUACUCGUUCGCGAAGCUACAGUCCACGGCGCCGUGGUUCUCCUACUUACUCGCCGUUGCGGCGUAAUUAUUCGCGCUCAAGAUCUCGUUCCAGAUCUCGCUCUUACGACUAGUAUGUACGUAUGUGUCUCUCACAUGGUAAUAUAAGUACAGAUUUAUAUUGAUAUUUGCUCUUUACCAUGUUUCAUUAUUGCUAAUUUUGAAUUUCACUCGACAAAGAUUUUCCAUGGAAUUUAAUCCAAACAAGAUUUUGUAAAAAAAGAAUUCAAAUUAAUUUCUUAAUAUUGCUUGAAUUUAAUAACUCUGAUUAAUUGAUUGUAUAUUGUAUUAGAGCACGGUUUGUUUCGUACAUACAUAUGUCACGAUUAUUCUUAAGUUCCUUGCUUUUUAAAGCAUAUCUGAUUAUACAACCCAGAAGCUAAUUUAGCUACUUUUUGUUAUUGUAACAAAAUCUUAAUUAUUUCGGAAAUAAUUAUUAACUAUUAUCUAAGAUGUAAUACCAUUGAAUUUUUAUCAGCCUCAAAAAUGAAAUCGUGCUCGAGAACAUAUGUAAUUGCUUGUUAAAUUGACAGAUCGAAUUUCCUACAUUUAAAAAGAUACAUUCCGCCACAUAUUUGCCAACUUCUUUUUUGUCAUCACUACCAUUUAUGAAAUGUGUAACAAUUUUGAAGUAUUAUUUAAUGAGCCUUCUGACAAAAUUAGACUUAAACUUUUAACUCUUAGCUAUCAAUUUAUUCUGGCUUUUAACUUUGAUGUAAAUAAUAAACGCGAUUAUUGAUAUUUAUGAUAAAUAUCCUUAAUUGACAAUAACUCAGUCACUCUUUGCUAAUAUACAUUUCUAACAAUGGUGGCUACUUUAAUGUAUUGUGCAAAAUACGCUUAAAUCUUCAUUUCCAUUUGGAUAUAACUGAAACAGGAGAUUUUGAAGCUUGCCUAACAAAACUUUCCCCAUGAUAAUCUUUUAUAUCAUGUGAAUUUACUAACAUCCUUUUAUAGUCGAGAUCAUCUUUACAAUAAUUUUACCCCAUGCUAUUAUAAAAAUGUUAAAUUUUGUCAUACAGAAAUGAACAUAUACAGCAACACAUGGGUAAACUAUUUGUACUAACGUAUUUAAAUACACAUUUUAUAGACAUCAAUAUAAAACAGGGCUUAAAUUAAUACUUAUUUUAGUUUUAAGGUUAUAACUGUCAUAAUGUUUUCAAGUUAUUAGUACUAUAGUAACGCAGUAAUUAUAAUAAUACGAUAUAUUGCAUAGCUAAUCGCCUGAAUUAACAUAAUUACAUAAUUGAAGUGGAACAAAUAUCGCUAGUACGCCAUGUUCAAAGGUCAAAUGCGUUACUGCUUAGUUGCAGAUUUAGAGUCAAUCUUAACACAUUUAGAGUCGAUUUUCCAGAACUAAACUUUUGUCAAAACCAAUAACAGUAAGUUAAUUCUGCGACCGAUAAAUGUUUUAAAGUUUAAGAACGCUUAUUUCGAUCUGCAGUGAAUCUUGGUGCUGAAUAUGUAAUAAUUUUUUUAUCAAUUUAAUAUUCUUAGCUUUAUAAGAACUACGCGCCGAAAAUUUUGUCAUUCUUGAAACACAGUUAAUAGUGAAAUCUCGAUGCUCAGAAGCAUUUUUAAUCUCCGUUUUCUCAAAAAAAAAAGAAAAGAAAAAAAACUAAUUUAUUCUGAAAAAUAAUACCUCAGCUAGAAUAAUAUCAUAUGUCUCGAUAAUCGAAUUGGGAAGUCGCCUUCACAGAAUAAUAAAAGAUCUAGGUUCGAAUCUUGGCUGAGGUAUUAUUUUUUGCAAUAAAUUAUUUAGUUUUUUGGAGGAAAGAAGGGGGAUUUUAAAGAUACUUCUGAGCAUCGAAUAUUAGCUAUUAACUGUGUUUCAAGACUAAAAUUGUCAAUGCGCAAUUUAUAAAGCUAAGAAUAUUAAAUUAUAUUCAUAGAAAAAUUAUACUCAGCACCAAGAUCUGCUACAGACCAAAAUAGGCAUUCUUAAACUUUAUCUUUUUGUCAAAAACUGUAAUUUAAGGGAAAAUACGCAAAAAUAUGCGAAAUAUUCUGUAUAUAUAUGCGCCUCUGGUAACAAAUAAAUUGAAAGAGUGGCAUGCUAUGUAUGUAUAUUCAUCUUAUAAAAAAUAUAUAUUUUUAUUUAUCUAAGAAUACGAUUAUACAUUAACUCUAACAUAUAUAACAUGUACAUAGAAAUAAGUACCUCAAGAUUGUUUACACGAUUCAUUUUCGCUAUUCAUGAAUUAAAUCAAAGUAAUUUCAAAUUAAAUCAGUAGUGAUGACAAUAUGUCGCGCAUAUACAUAUAACGAAAUAUAUGAGCGUAAUGAAUUAAUGUUUAUUAUACACUAAACAUAAUUAUAUUGACACAACAAAUUUUUCUGUAUAUUAUUACUCCUAUAUAGUCUAAUUCGCUUUAUAACACGCAAAUGUAUUUGACAAUAGACUUGGAUGACCAUUUAAUGUUUCAUGGGUCAUUUGCUGAUUUUGCAGAUUGCGUUUGAUUGUUAUUUCAGUACAAAAUAUCUAACUUAUUUAGAUUUUUAAUAUUUUUCGAUGUGAAAACAUAGCAUAACAUGCUCAAUAUAUAUAUAAAUAAUCUGGAUAUUUUUAAAACAUAUUUAAAUUACAUAUAAAUUUUAAGUGAUAUACGACACAAAUUUAUUGAAAUGCGGUGAAGUAAUUAUUAAUUGACAUAUUGGUCGCAUUUCUUUGUUGUCGUGUUUUCCUUUCUGUUACACUUGCAACGGCCACAUAAUUAAAUGCACUUUCGAAAAUUUUUAUUAUAUUCUACUUUCAGCGCGCGCGCGCGCGCGCACACACACACACACACACACGCACACACACACACACACACACACACACGCAUUGAAAGGAAAACAUUGGAUAUUUUAUGCUAUUUUUGCAAACUAAUCCUGUGAUUCUGUUUUUAUUUCAUAACUUAAGUUUCUUACUAUAUACAAAUAUUUUUUUUUUUCCAAAAAUAUACAAUAUUUAAAAUCAUAUGCCAAACAGAGACUGUAUAUCGCAUAUCGCAGUUUCAUAAUUUUAUAUGUCACAGGCAUUACAUUUGCAUUAAUAAACUAUAUAUAAUAUUAAUUUACAUAAGAAACUAAUGUAUUUUUUCUUCUUUUGUAUAUUGGGAUUGUAACACAAUGAAUGAAAAACUGAAAUCAACACGA